AUGAGUUUGCUGAUCCCUAUAACAUCUGCGCAAUCUUUCUCUUUCGCCAAUCACAACAGCAGCAGCAAGAAGCAGUUUCUUUCUAUACAGAAUCCCAAGGCGUUUUCCUUUUCUACAGUCACUCAGCUCUCGAGCUCUUUCGCCAUCUGCAAUCCUCUUAGGUUAUCAAUAAAGAGGGGUGAAAGGAUGGUGAAGGUGAAAAGGAAGGGAUCAGGAAGACGAUUUGGUGCAGUUUGUUACGCUGGAGCCCUAAAUACUCCUAAUCUCCAGUGGAUCUUCGCUAUCUCUUCUGCGGUGUUGAUGCUGGCAAAGGGAACUGCUAUCCAAAAGUCCUUUCUUGUUCCUUUAUUUGCUCUCCAAGCACCAGCAAAUGUCAUUUCAUGGAUUAAGGGUGAAUAUGGUAUUUGGACUGCAUUUCUUGCCCUUCUUGUCCGGCUUUUUUCUUUAUUCCUGGGGAAAAAAGAAGGUGCUAUUGUUGGCUUGGUGAUAGCAGGCUAUUUGGCUUUCCAGCAUUUUUCCCGGAUGGGGAAUUUGCAGAAAGCAUUUGAACAAGGUUCAAUUGUUGCCACCUUAGCUACCAUUUGUAUUGGCUCCUUGAAAGAUAAUAAAAUGUCUAAUUGCUUAUCUCAUGAUGCACUUCCAAACACAGCUGUUGCUGGUAAGGAGAAGUACUGGUGUGAUACCUGA